AUGAGUAUAAUAUCUAUUCUUUUUAUUUGUAUUAUUCUAUUUCUUGUUGUCUAUUUACUUUAUAAUCACUGUUGUUAUUUUUCUAAUCGUUCAAUCCCUUCUCCACCAAUACAUUCGAUAAUAUUUGGUCAUUUAUAUGAUCUUUGGUCAGCUAAAUCCUAUUCAGAACAACUUCGUCAAUGGACUCGUCAAUAUGGUUCUGUCUAUGGUCUUUUUGAAGGUACUCGUCCUCACUAUGUCAUAUCUGAUAUCAAGGUCAUGGAAGAAAUAUUUAUUACACAAUUUGCUCGUUUUUAUGCUCGACGAACUACAUUAGCAAAUCGUAUAGUAGGUAAAGAGCAUUUUAAUGUUUUUUCAGCUAAUAUAGCUCAACUAUGGAAAAAACAACGUAAGAUACUUAAUCCAACAUUUAGUGGGGCAAAAAUGAGACGAUUAUUACCAACAGUUGAAGCAUGUGUUAAUGUAUUUAUGAAAAGAUUAGCAUUAAUACCGAAUGGAACAAUCAUUAAUAUUUAUGAACUAUAUAAACGAUUGACAAUGGAUACUAUUUGUCAAUGUGCAUUUAGUAUUGAUACAGAAGUGCAAUAUGAUCUUGAUAAUAAUAAUAUUUAUAUGAAAAAGGUAGAAGAAUUGUUUCGACAUGAUUUUGAACGUACACGUCUAGGUAGAAUACAUCGUGCUACAUCUAAUACACUAUUAGCGAAUGAACAACUGUUGCCAACUGAAUUGUUAAGUAAUGUAUUUAUUAUUCUUAUCGCUGGUUUUGAAACAACAUCAACAGCACUUGCUUAUUGCACAUAUCGUCUUGCUAUACAUCCGGAUAUUCAACAAAAAUUAUAUGAAGAACUUCUCGAACAUUGCUCUUCUGAUUCUAAUUCUUAUGAUGUAGUUAUGUCAAAAUUGACUUAUAUGGAUAUGUUUGUUCGAGAAGUUUUACGUAUGCAUCCUAUUGCUGUUCAAGCUAUAAAUCGCGAAUGUAUGGAAGAUACUGAUGUUGCUGGAUAUCACAUUCAGAAAGGUUCAUCAAUUCAAGUAGAUGUACUUUCAGUUCAUUAUAAUCAAGAACUUUGGGGUCCUGAACCUGUUGAUGAAUUUCAUCCAGAACGUCAUUCUUGCAAACGACAUCCACUAGCUUAUAUGCCAUUUGGUGGAGGACCACGUAUAUGUAUUGGCAUGCGAUUUGCACUUAUGGAAAUGAAAUCAUGUUUAGCUCGACUAAUGAGUACAUACCGUAUUUUACCAUCAUCACAAGAAAAAUAUAAAUUGAAUAUAUGUGAAGAAAUCGUCAUUGCACCUGCACAGGUUUUUAUCAAACUUGAAAAACGAUGA